GCUGCGUGCCCCGGGGGACGGCUUCCCGAAGUGGCGGAGGGCCAGGCUAUCAGGGCCGAGGAUGCACCGAUUGCAGCCUUGGCUACGCCAUGGCCGACAGCAGCGUGCUUUCUUGCACCCCCUGCAACGACCAGCCACGCGUGCAGGCGGCACAGUGGAUGGCGUUUGUGAUCCAACGCGUCAUUUUGUUUGCGAUCGCAGCCGUGAGUAUCAACGGGGCCAGAACAGCUGGCGAGCUCAAGCAAAGCUCGAUCUAUCUCAACCAACUUAUGGCAUUCUCAACGGUUGCGACCACGGUUAUCACUGCGGUCAUGCAGACCAACACCGCGAAAGAUAUGAAGAGCGCAGCUGUGAAUUAUUUCUUCCAGGCCACGUUGCAGGUGGCAGAGACCAGCUCGGGUCAAGGAUCUUUGGGCUCCACGCGAUGCCUGCUCAGCUACGUCAAUCGCGAGUCUUUAUGGAACGCCCACCUGCUGGACCUUGCUGUUGCUGUGGCGCUCAUGCUCGCUCUUCACAGCCGGGCGGCAGUGGUCGCAGGCCUUAACUGCUUUGUACCAGCCAUCGCUGCUGGCUUCGGUAAAUACUUGGUUUGCUACCGACUUGAGCCAGACAACCAGGGAGGGCUUUCAGGCCUCCAAUGUCCGUACCUGCCUGGUGGCCCUGGCCCAAACCUCAUGGGAGCAGCGAAGGUUCUCGGGGGGUUGGUCGUCUUCUUGACAGCUGUGCUGUGGACAUGGCUUCAACUCUCAAGAUCCACUGAGGAGAAGCCACCAGCCCAUGUCGUCUUCUUGACAAGCAAAUACCGGGAGCGGUUCUCGCUCUUCGAGACUGAGCGUCUAGUCAGGAAAACGCUCAUCACCGUCAUCGGAGCAGUGCUUCCCGUUGCUGCUUCACCUGCUCUCCAGAUGGGCUCGCUAGGCGUGGUGGUCGCCACUUCGCUCAUACUCUACGUGAUCUGCCGGCCGUACCACAAUCAGAGUUGGAACUGGAGUGAGAUCAGCCUCCUCUUCGUGGCAAAUUACAUGAUCCUCAUUGUGUCCGCUUUGCUGGCAAAUGAGUUCCAUUGGGCGCACAGCCAACGUACGCAGGAAACCAUCGUCAUAACAGCAGCCUUGUGCGCUGCUGUAACCAGUGCCACGAUGAGCUACUUCGUCGUGGCCGAGCUCCUCAAGGAGCGAAAG